GCCGCGCCGUACACGUCGACAUAGACGUCAGACGUAUUUUAUCCGGACAACACAUUUCAGGAAGCGCUGAUCUACUAGACAGCAUGGGCGGAUUAUCGGUAUGUUCCGCCAUCUUGGUAUUCUUUGUGAUCACCACCGAGCAGAAGCCUAUGACACCAGGAGAACACUGCCAGUACAAAGAGGGACCCUGGGGAGCCUGUGAUGAGACGACGGGGACGCGCACCGUACAUCUGACACUCUCCACAGGAGGCGAGGAGUGUCCAGAAAAGACCACCAGACAGGAGACCUGUGCCUCUCCCACCCCACCGCCACGCCCUGAUGAGAUGCAGAUCAAACGCCCCAGGGGCCACGUCAGAAAACGACCAGGGAGGAACAAGCAACGGCAUCUUAAAAAGGCCCCCUACCCACGUGACGUUCUGGAUGAUGAGGAGAGCAUUGGUGCUGGGAGAAGAAUAGGGAUAAACAGCUUCGGAGAAGAGGAUGACAUGGACACAGACCUUAAUUCUCAGAGGAAGAUGGCACACGGGGAGAAGAGGCAUGUCAGGAGAAAGAGAAGUGCCGAUGCUGAUGGUGCCGAUGAGGGAGACGCAAACGGUGCUUCUGAAGGAGCCGACGCAGACGACGAGGAGGAACGUGGCCAUGGUGAUGUAGGAGGUGAUGAAUACGGUGACAAGGAAGGAAGCGAUGACUAUAGUUACGAUGAAGAAAGCGACUAUUAUGAUGGCGAUGAAGAUGACGAUGAUUACGAUGAUGAUAAAAUGUUCGACGAUUACGACGAUGAGGAAGAUGACGAUGAAUACGAUGGCGAUUACGAUGAGGAUUUUAGAGACGAUGACUACGGUCAUGAGGAAGACGAUGAAUACGGUGAUGAGGAAAAACUCGAUGAUUACGACGAUGAUGAACGCAACGAUAAUUACGGUGACGAGAAAGAAGACGAUGAAUACAAUGACGAGAAAGGAGGCAAUGAAUACAAUGACGAGAAAGGAGGCGAUGAAUACGGUGAUGAGAAGGAAGGCGAUGAUGACGGUGACGAGAAAGGCGAUGAAUACGGUGACGAGAAAGGAAGUGAUGAUUACGAUGAUGAGAAAGAAGGCGAUGAAUACGAUGACGAGAAAGGAGGCGAUGGAUACGGUGACGAGAAAGGAGGCGAUGGAUACGGUGACGAGAAAGGAGGCGAUGGAUACGGUGACGAGAAACGAGGCGAUGAAUACGAUGACGAGAAAGGAGGCGAGAUUUACGAUGGUGAUGUUAUCGCCAAUCACAACGAUAGUGAUGACGGAGGCGAUGCUGGUAAUGGGGGUGCAGAGCAGUAUGGUGGCAAGGAAAAGGGCGAUAAAAGAGGCGAAUAUUACUAGAAGAUGAUGAUGAUAAUGAUGGAGAUGUAACAAGGACGGUAUAUGUGGUAAAGAGAUUUGUUUGUUGUAUUUGGGCAAAGAGGUUAAUAAACGUAAGAAACAGAGGCGA